CAGAAUCAGCAGUGAGCAUCAUCAGCAGCGGUGCAUUGGUCCCCAGCAUUCCUCUCCUCUCAUCCCUGCUGGAUAGGAUGAGACGAUGGCUCGCAGGAGAGAUGAAGACGAUGAUGAUGACAGACACAAGCUGAUAGAAGAAGAGGAUGCUGAUGAUAAUGAGGAUGCGCGCUCCAUCAUGGACAGCGAGGAUGAGGACCAUCUGUCCCUGGAUGAGAUUUUACAUCUAUACAAGCAGCCCAUCAACGAGGAGCAGGCGUGGGCUGUGUGUUACCAGUGCUGUCGCUCUCUUCUGGAUUCUGCUGCUUCUGGAGGAGAGGAACAUGUGAGGAUUUAUAAAGACGGAUCAGUGCGCUUUCAUUCCGGAGUCAGAUCAGGUGUGUGUAAUCCCAGCCGAUCCUUCACACAGGCGAUCGAGUCUCUGGGCGUCGUGAUCUAUAAGGCUCUGGAUUUCGGGCUGAAGGAGAAUGAGGAGCGAGAGCUGAGUCCUCCGCUGGAGAAGCUCAUCGACCUGAUGACGAACGUGUCUGAGGCUGAGAGCGACUCCUGCGCUGAUGAAGGCUACGACGCCACUGAGGAAGACGAGGAUGAGCCCUGCCGGAUACGAGGCUACCGCGACAUCAUCAAGCUGUGUGCUCUUCACCUGUCCACGCCGGCAGACGCGGCCGAUCAUUACCAGGCCGUGUGUCGAGCUCUGUACGCCGAGACCAAAGAGCUGCGCAGCUUCCUGGAGAAGAUCCAGAACGCCAAAGAGAACCUGUGUAAGAUGCAGGGGGAUGCUGUUGACGAACCUGGCAGGGAGCUAAACGAGCUGCAGAAUGCUGAUUGGGCGUGGCUCUGGGUGCAGCUGAUGCGAGAUCUGAGGAACGGCGUGAAGCUGAAGAAGGUGCAGGAGCGGGAAUAUAAUCUGCUUCCCAUCGAGUUCCAGCUCACGCCGUACGAGAUGCUCAUGGACGACAUCCGCUCCAAACGCUACAAGCUACGCAAGGUCAUGGUGAAUGGAGAUAUUCCUCCGAGGUUAAAGAAGAGCGCUCAUGAAGUCAUACUGGAGUUCAUCAGGUCCAGACCCCCGCUGAACCCCGUGGCGGAGCGUAAACUCAAACCGCAGGCCGAACGUCCUCCGUGUCUGCAUGAGCGUAUUCUGAAGGAGAUCAAAUCUGAGAGGAAGCUGAGGCCCGUGUCGCCCGAUAUGAUCCGCAGGAGUCGAUUUGACGUCUCCUCCUCGGAUGAUGCGAGGAAGGUCUCCAGCACGCUGCCGUUGGCCAAUAGCGUGUCUCUUCAGCAGAACGGCUCCGGAGGCUUUCAGAGGAAAAGACUUCAAGCACCGACUCUGGCUGAACUGGACAGCUCUGAUUCAGACGACGAGACCUUAGGUCAAAGGUCAGCCAGCUGCUCCAGCAUCUCUACAUCCGUGAUGGACGACACGUCGCCAGAAUCCGUCUUGAGCAAGAAAACUACGCCCAUGUUCCUCCCGAUCUCGUCCACGCCGCAGCCGGAGAGACGACAUCACGCUCAGCGCCGUCACUCCAUCGAGAAGGAAACGCCCACCAGUGUGCGUCACUUCCUGCCGCCCUCCAGACACAGCUCUAGAUCCCUAGAGGAGUUUUGUUUCCCGGUCGAGUGUCUGUCUCUGACCGUGGAGGAAGUGAUGCACAUUCGGCAGGUUUUGGUCAAAGCCGAACUGGAGAAGUUUCAGCAGUUCAAAGAUAUCUACAACGCCAUGAAGAAGGGGAAGCUGUGCUUCUGCUGCCGAACGAAACGGUUUUCCUUCUUUACCUGGUCCUACACCUGUCAGUUCUGUAAAAGGCCGGUGUGCUCACAAUGCUGUAAAAAAAUGCGCCUCCCAUCGAAGCCUUAUGGCAGUCUCCCAAUUUACUCUCUGGGUCCGUCCACUUCGACUCUGAAACGGGACGCCGCCGGCCGAAAGCCAGAGAAGCCCAGCCUCCAGCGCACAGUGUCCAGAUUAUCCAAGCACAGGCGUCAGUCGUCCUCGUCUCUGGAGGAAAUGGGGCUCCCGAAAGAGCUGAUGGAAGACUGGAGCACCAUGGAGGUCUGCGUCGACUGCAAGAAGUUCAUCUCUGACAUCAUCGCCUCCAGCAAGCACAGCCUGUCUCUGGCCAACAAGAGAGCGCGCUUGAAACGCAAGACUCAGUCCUUCAUCGAUACGACGUCAGAGAAGAGCGCAGAAUACCGGCCUUCGGACAGAACUAUCAAUGAGGUCUAGAUCUUAGGACUGUGAUACACAGGGCCGAUAAACUCUUAUAGAUGUGUAGCAGUUCUUCCACACACAGAAACACACUUCUGUCCUGUAAAACGUGGUUACGUUAGAGAAAUUUCAUUGUCUAUUGAGACUUUCAAACCAAGCAGCUUUUUGUCUUGGUCCAAUUCGUGACAGCAGCGUAUUACGCAAUAAUGUAUAAUUUGUUCCCUCGUUUUAGGAUCAAAUUAAUACAACGUGGCGACUAUUUACUUAAAAACGAGAUAGCGAAUUUUUGAUAUUAAAUGAAUAAGUAAUGAGAAACUAAUAUGUCUUCGUACACAUGAGCGAAAUCACCUUCAUUUGAAACUCCUGAUUGCAUGGAUUCCUAUUGAAAUGAGGAUUUUAAUGCAAAAUUGCGCUGAGAACAUUCGUAAACAUGACUGUUCCUUAGAAAAUAGAUAGUUCUGGUCCUUGAUUCUGAUUGGUUGGCCCACGUUCGAAGCUGUUGGAAAUUACUCUACAAACAUUGCUUUGCUUACCUUACGUCUGUGUGUAAACCAUAGACUGCAUAAAAACAUGGACGUAGUUUAUCCGUGAUGUCACCCGUAGUUUUCUGAAGAGCGUUUUUGAAGCUCAAAGUGGGCGGAGCCAGGCGUCUCUCCUGGAUCAUCUAAAAUGGGCAAAAAGGCGGGAGCUGGUUGCUGAAGCCACGCCCACCUAGAUUGAUGGCUGCGGCAAUCCAACUGUCACUCAAGUGGCCAUGCCCUUAAUUAUGCAGAAUUUUUAAGGCUUAAUAUAAUUUAACAUAAAUUCACCCCCCCCACCACAGUUCUCACAAAGGGGAAAAGAAUAUAUAUAGACCAAAAUAAUUUUUUCUUCUUCUAUAAAGUCGGGCAUUUUAACAUGGGAUUGACUCCUUUUGCAGCCAGCCUCCAGUGGCCAGUCGAUGAAUUACAGUUUAUUUACAGUUUGGUGCUCGGUGUGUAAACGGCCCUUAGCUGUUAUAAAUUCACUGUAAACCACGGGUUCUUGGGGCUUACUGCUUCAUUAACUCAUAAACAUAUCUUACUAGGGCUUUUCACACUUGAAAUAAUUAAGUCUGAGUCAAUCCUGGGUUAUCUUCUUCUUCCACGUUUCACACGGGACGUUCCUAAAUCUGAUUUGCAUAUUUGCGGUGUCGUCGUUGCUGAUUGGAUGAACGCAGGACUGUUUCCUCUGAUGCUGAAGCUGAAUUUGUUCACGUUUGUGUAGCUGUGUGAACCAAUGGUGCUGGAAAACGUAUAUUCACAAUAAAACCGUGUCUCGUUAAUGGACAUACAGUCGUAUUAAAACAAUAAGCACAAAUACAUCACUCGACACAGAGCUGAUGGUUCAAAGCACAUCGUUUAUUUUAUUCAUGACUUUAAUAUUGUGAUGCUGGAGGGGUGUGGAUAUAUUUGUACAGCUCAUGCUUCUCAUAUCUAGGUGAGAUUUGACUGUAAAUUAUGCGUAUGUUGAUUUAGUAAUGCAAGUCGUAUGUCAGGCCCAGUUUAUAAACAUUAAGAGUUGCAUUUAUUUUUAGUAAAUGAUUAAUAAUUUAUGCGUGAUAUGUUAAGUAAUAUCCUGGGAUGUACAGCGUUUAAUCAUGACAUGUUUUUGGGGAUGAUGAUGAUGAUGAUGAUGAAAGUUUUCAAGCGUUUGGACAAUGGAGUAUUGUAUCGUUUCAUAUGAUCUGGGGUCAAAGGUCAUUGUGAUCUUGAUUCCACAUUUAAAUCUAAUCUGUUAAUCACACAGGGCUUUUUUAAGGGCUUUUUUUAAGAGUUAUUUUUAAACUUUAUUUUUUUUUUAUCAGGGGAUUGUAUUUCUGUUUUUAUUAUCCGAACAGCUGAUAAACUGCAUUUAAUUUUUUAUAUGCUUUAUUUCUUUAUUUUAAGAACACAAAGAGUUGUUUUAUAAUGUUUAUUCAAGUGAAGUUUUCAAUGCAACUUCUUCCUGUUGUGUGUUCAGUAUUUUGUUAAUUGUUUCUUUCUCUCAUCCUAUAAUGUAACAAUCAGUGUUUAAUUAUACAGAAAACUUGAAUUUGUACCUGUUAAAUCAUUGCCUUUUUCCUUUAAUAAUCUGAUAUGAAGUGAGCAUGAGAGCCAGGGCUCGUUGUGAGGAUGUUGUUAGUUUGAUUCAUCAGCCGAGAGGGAAAAUGUUUUAUUCAUUAGCUCUGAAGUGUCUCUCGAUUCCUUUUAACCCAUUAUUAAUUUGCCUUAGAAAAACUGCCUUCUUAAGCAUUGCAAUAUCCAUCGAGUCGAGUUAAUGUAUAGUCUGUUUACAGUAUAACUGCACAUGCAUUUUUAACAUCUGCACAAAUGCUGUAGAUUUUUAAUCUCUUGACAUGUUUGGAGCAUCACUUGAGAUCACGGAAGCUAAGAACAUGUAAAUAAAUGUGUAAAAAUGUGCAUGCAUGUAAAACAGACCAGUAACUUUUAUUUUAAAUCAGUUCGGUGAGUGAUGAUCUAUAGAAUAAUAAAAUACAAUAACAAUCA